AUGCCCAAGGUCCGCACCGGCUGUUUCACCUGCAAGCAGCGCCGGGUAAAGUGCGACGAGGGCAAGCCAGCCUGCCAGAACUGCGAACGCACGGGGCGACGCUGUGAGGGGUACCCCCCUGGGCCUGCGUCAACCCCAGCGGGAGACGGUUCACUUGAUGCGCAGGUCCAGCGAUGCGCGCAGCAGAUUGUCGUCUAUAAUCUGCCCUUUAAAGUCCCCGGGAGUGCAGCCGAUCGUCAGCUGCUGCAUUUCUAUACGUGCGAGGCAGCUGGUGGACUCUCCAGCUUUUCAGACUCGACACUGUGGUCGAAACUCGUCCUGCAACGGUCGCACCACCAGCCGGUCGUCCGGCAUACCCUUGUCGCCCUUGCGGCUUUGUACCGUGACUACAUUGAGGGGGGCAAUCGGGUCCAAGCUCCUGCGUCCCAUGCGGCCAUGCAGCGGAUCGCCAAAUGUCAUCGCCAGCUGAGACUCUAUCUGCGGUCAGCUGAUGCGUCCGCCGACAUCGCGCUGAUUUGCAGCAUCCUCUUCUAUGCGUUCGAGACGCUGCUUGGGGACUGUAGUACCGCGACGCAGCAUUUGGAUAACGGGCUGCGGUUGCUCAAGCGGUGCCAGAUGCAGGCGCUGGCUCAUAGUGGCCGUGACGAGCUCCUCGCUCACCUCGUACCCAUAUUCUCCCGGCUCGACAUAAACGCCAGCACGUUCGACAAUGAGCGCAGGCCUAUUCUUACCCUCGUCUGCCUCGCGGAGAGAUUAGGCCCCAUGCACGUAGUUCCAUCCUCGCUGGCGAGCCUCGACGAAGCCGAAAACGUCGCGACCAAACUAGAGAAUUGGCUCAUGCAUUACCUCAUCGCCCACGUCGCGUACAAACAUAAACCAGUAGACGAGUUCCCCAGAUGCCUCGUGCGUGAGCGGUUCGCACUGUACCAGCAAUUCGAGCGGUUCUUCUUCGUUUUCGCCGCCUUACUUGAAUCCUUACCGGGCGAAAUUCCCGCCCGGGCUCUCCUCCUGCGCGUCCAAACAAAGAUGUACUAUUCCCUUCUGCUGGAGAAUAUUCCAAACGGCUCUUUCGGGCCGUGCCCUCCGGCAGAUAGUUUGCGGAACACAUUGGCCGAUAUUGAGGGAUUCCUGUCAAUGGAGAGCACACAGAAGAGCGCAAGCACUUUUACCUUGUCGUCUCAGCUUGUUGCCAUUCUCUAUUUCAUGUGUCUCAAGUCAACUGACGUCGAACGAAGAGAUACCGCGUUUGCACUCCUUAGGCAUUCCAGCAUGCCGGCAAAAGAUGGACUGUGGGAGUCAGAGAAGGCGGCCGCGAUUGUCCAGACUCUGAUCGAGCAAACCAAAAUGUGCGAGCCGUCCAGGUCACUUGAAGAGACGGGCGGCGACGUCUUUAGCCCCGAGGAAGAUGGCCUUGAGCACGUAUUUCGCAAUCUCAACAAGCGUCCGGGGCCUAGUGUAUUGAUUAAGGAGCCUUCUACGAUCGAUACGCCCUCUGAAUCACGACAACCUAGUGAUCGUGUGGUUGGCUUCGGGGUGACUUGA